UCCUAUACUUUAUGUUAUUAAGAUUGAAAUGUCAUGCGUGCUGUAUAUUUUUAUCUUAAGAUGGGUAAAUAAACAAAAGAAAAGAGGGUUAUCCGUUAAUUAAGGGAUCGGAAAGGUUAGCAAUCAAGCAAAUAUUGCGAAAGGCUCUAGAUUACUACUAGCACACGUAUAUACUCAAAUUAGAUUGUUUCAAGGUUGUAAAUAAGCAGAAGAGAGAGAAAUAUUGCCAUUUGAUCAAAUGAAAAACAACCCUUAACAAAAAAAACAGAAAGGAAAAAGAGGGAGAGGAAAAAAGAAACAAACUUUAAAAUAAAUAUAUGGAAGCUUGAAUUGGUUUUUAUAAUUUAAUUCUUACAUUAUUCAACAUCUCUAAGUGAUUCUUCUUAUCCUACAUCUCCUCUGCGUUCUCUUUUCGAGGAAUCGAGGCGCGGAGGAGGUACAACAUAAGAAGAAUACACACAAAGAGGAAAAAGAGAGGGGUUAAGGUUAAGGUUAAGAAGCUAAUUUAUAAAUUAAGGCAACUGCGAACAAAGAAGGUUGAUAAUAUAUGAUGUGGAAUCAACAACACCACCACCUUCAACAACAACUAUUACCACCACCACCACAAAAUGUUGUUAGUGAGGUUAAGAAAAAUGGUGAAGUUGCUGUUGCAAUUGAUAAAGAUAAAGGAAGCCAAUAUGCUCUUAAAUGGGCUGUUGAUCAUGUUCUUAAUAAGGGUCAAACUGUUACUUUGCUCCAUGUUAAGCAAAGAAAUCCUACCAAUUCCCUUAUAAAUUCGCCGGCGCCCCUCUCUGAUAGCCAUGAAGAUGUUGCUAGAUCCGCUAAGUACUACGCUGAAACUCAAGCUCGGGAGAUCUUCCUUCCUUUUCGAUGUUUCUGCAGUCGUAAAGAUGUUGUAUGUAAUGAGGUUAUUUUGGAAGACAUUGACAUUUCGAAAGCUUUGAUAGAAUACUGCCAACAUAACGCGAUUGAGGUCAUGGUUGUAAGUGCUUCAUCAAGGAAUCAAUUGAUGAGGAGGUUCAAAGGCCCGGAUGUUGCAACAAAUCUAUUCAAAGGUUGCCCUGAAUUUUGCUCUGUGUAUGUGAUCUCGAAGGGGAAAAUGUUACAUAGUCGAUCCGCCACUCGUCCUCUCCCAAGACCUUCUAGCCGAAGCCCGCCACAUUGCCAACCCAUUCCCAAUGGUAUCCCUAUAUAUGAAUCCCCUAUGCGUCCAGGUGGUUACGUUUCAAGAGACAGAGAAAAGAUGCAUUUUAACCCAAAUAGGGGCAUUGAAGAAAUGGACUCAAUAAGGUCACCAUUUACUAGGGGAAGAGCAGCAAAUGGCAGGGCAUAUGGUGAAAUUGGUAUGCCAGAUUCAGACAUAUCAUUUGUUAACCCUUCUUGGCCAACCAAUGAGCCAAGAGUUAGUAUUGAUCGUCCUUCCUUUGAUGCAAUGGACUGGGGUCUCGCGCCUCGGGCUUCGAGUGGAUCGGAUGCAGAUCGUAUGAGUGUUGGUUUAGUGACAGACAGGAAAUCAAUCGAUCAAAAUGCCUUAUUGGAGUAUUCCUCUUCAAAUUGUAGUGGCUUUUCAUCAUCUUCAGAAGAUUUUGAGUCUGAGAUGAGAAGAUUGAGAAUGGAGCUCAAGAAAACUAUGGAGAUGUACAAUGCAGCUUGCAAGGAAGCACUAACUGCAAAGCAAAAGGCAAGUGAGCUUCAAAGAUCAAGGAUUGAAGAAGAUCACAGAUUAGAAGAGGCACGUUACGCAGAGGAAACAGCACGAGCAAUCGCGGAGCAAGAGAAAGCCAAGUGUAGAGCGGCAAUGGAAGCAGCCGAAGCCGCUCAGAGACUGGCAGAUCUCGAAUCACAAAAGAGAGAGCUAGCAGAAAAGAAAGCCACCAAAGAAGCAGAAGAGAAGAAGGCAGCACUUCAAGCUUUGAAUCACAAUGAUGUUAGGUAUAGGAAAUAUAGCAUCAAAGAGAUUGAAGCUGCUACUUCUUACUUUUCUGAAUCACUUAAGAUUGGUGAAGGUGGUUAUGGUCCUGUUUAUAAGAGCACUCUUGAUCAUACACUUGUAGCCAUUAAGGUUCUUAGGCCUGAUGCCGCGCAGGGAGAGGCACAAUUUCAACAAGAGGUUGAAAUAUUAAGUUGCAUAAGACAUCCAAACAUGGUGCUCCUCUUGGGAGCAUGCCCCGAGUACGGUUGUCUAGUCUACGAGUACAUGUCUAAUGGAAGCUUAGAAGAUCGCCUCUUUUGUAGAGAUAACACUCCGCCACUCCCAUGGCAACUAAGAUUCCGUAUUGCAGCAGAGAUCGGUACAGCAUUACUCUUCCUUCACCAGUCAAAGCCUGAGCCAUUAGUGCACCGUGACCUUAAACCAGCCAACAUUUUACUAGAUCGAAAUUUUGUGAGUAAAAUCAGUGACGUUGGUUUGGCAAGGUUGGUGCCACCAUCUAUAGCCGACACAGUAACACAGUAUCGGAUGACUCAAGCAGCCGGAACAUUCUGUUACAUCGAUCCAGAGUAUCAGCAAACCGGGAUGCUAGGGACUAAAUCGGAUAUUUACUCCUUAGGCAUCUUGUACUUGCAAUUGAUCACGGCUAAGCCAGCUAUGGGUUUAACUCAUCACGUACAAAGGGCUAUCGAAAGAGGGACUUUUCGAGAUAUGUUGGAUCCGUACAUACAUGACUGUCCUUACGAAGAGGCCUUACAAUUUGCUAAACUUUCGCUUCAAUGUGCAGAGUUACGAAGGAAGGAUAGACCUGAUCUUACACAAAUACUUCCUGAGCUUAACAGAUUUAGGGAGUUUGGUGAAGCAAAUAUGCCCACCAUCAUGUUUUCUCCCGUACCUUCAAACUCGUCGUAUAGGCCAAGUCAAGUCAUGACCAUAAACAAUUAUUCACAGGAUAGUGAAAACCCAUCAUUGCAAUCGACGGCAUCUAGCAACAGAAGCCAAACAAGUGUUUCAUCUUCAUCAGGAGAAAAAUUGUAGCAUCUAUAAAAUCUUUUUUAUUUCUCUCUCUCUCCAAUCGUAAACUUUAUAACAUUUGAUCAAUGUAAACUCCCUAGAAGGCUAGUUUUCACCUAGUCCUCCCUACCCAUGGAUCGCCUAUUGGCCACCAAAGAAAACGUAAAGAUGAACAAAAUAUGGAUGCGACAGAGGUGGUAAUACGCUAUAAGCUAAGUUGUGAUGAAAAAAGUGGGAGAAUAGUAUAUUUUUCAGAUUUAUGUUAAGAGUUGGAUACAAUUCGACUUUGGAAUAGAGUUUUGUAUGUACAAAAAUUUUAUUAACAGAUAAUUCCAUUGUCUUUUUAGUCCUCACAUUUUUGUUGUGGCAAAUUAGCAAUGUUUCUAUAAAAAAAAUUUGAUGUACUCAUAUCAGUUUCAUCAGGGUUGAUUUGAAGUUGUAGAAUUUGUCAAUGCAACUUUUUGGAACAUUUUCCCUAUACAAGACUAUAAAGAAUAUACUUGUAUAAGCUUUUAACUACAAAUAAGUAAAAAAAUAGGGAAAAAUACAUAUAUGUUUAUCCUACCAAAAACAAAUUUUGAGCAAUCCUUUCAAAUUAGAUUAUUAAUGUUGCAAAGAAGCAAACGAGUAUAGGAAAGUUUUGAAAGGGUAAGAAAACACAAUAACUAAA